GUGUGGUGGCUACUGGCCAGGAGGGCUCGGGAGCAGCGAAGCCACACGAGGAGCACUUGUUUCCUUCCUGCCCCUGGUCCAGGUGACCGUUGCGCCUUCCGACUCACCGCCCCUCUUUUUAAUUUCCUCCCACGAAUCCCGUUGAUCCCCGAGAGAGAGGAAGGCAAUUAGCGUCAAGAUCAGUUCGUCAAGGCAACGGGCACAGGGCAGGAGGCGUGCUCAGGCGCGGUGCGGGAUUCCUUCCGCCGCAGGCUCCUUCUCCUUCCUACCAAGCCCAAGCUAGCAGGUUGCAAGGCAAGGCAAGACAAGCUGCCGGCGGGUUUCCUUCCCCCCUGCCUUGACUCGGAAGAUCAUCCAGCCCAAUCGAUCCGGCGCCGCCACCACGGGCAGCAGCACAGCACAGAGCAGGAGUUAAAGGGCAACCAUGGCUACAAUCAAUGACAUAGGCGUCUCCGCGGCUUUCAAUGUACUGACUGCCAUUGCCUUCUUGCUGGCAUUUGCAUUCCUGCGGUUGCAGCCCAUCAACGACAGGGUCUACUUUCCAAAAUGGUACCUCAGGGGCAUGAGAGACAACCCAAUCACCUCUGGUGCAGCUGUGCAGAAGUUUGUCAAUUUAGAUGCGAGAUCAUACUUGAAAUUUUUAAAUUGGAUGCCGGCUGCUCUCAAGAUGCCCCAGGAUGAGCUGAUUAACCAUGCAGGUCUUGAUUCUGUGGUCUAUCUACGGAUAUACCUAACAGGGCUCAAGAUAUUUGUUCCAAUUACGGUUCUGGCUUUUAUUGUUCUGGUCCCAGUGAAUUGGACCAAUGAUACCCUAGAAAGCAUGACAGUAGUCCACAGUGAUAUUGACAAACUCUCAAUAUCCAAUAUACCUACUGGGUCGAAGAGGUUUAUAGCUCACUUGGCCAUGGCUUAUGCGAUCACAUUUUGGACCUGCUAUGUAUUGCGGCGGGAGUAUCAAAUUAUCGCCGACAUGAGGUUGCGCUUUCUUGCUUCAGAGAAACGCCGACCAGAUCAGUUCACUGUCCUUGUGCGGAAUAUACCACAAGAUCCAGAUGAAUCAAUCAGUGAGCUUGUGGAACAUUUCUUCCUUGUCAAUCAUCCUGAUCAUUAUCUAAGACACCAGGUGGUUUACAAUGCAAAUAAACUUGCUGAUCUGGUUGAAAAGAAGAAGAAGAUGCAAAAUUGGCUUGAUUAUUAUCGACUCAAGUAUGAAAGAAAUCCAUCGAAGAGGCCUACCACCAAGACUGGCUUUCUUGGAUGCUUUGGCUCCAACGUCGAUGCUAUUGACUACUACAAAUCAGAGAUUGAGAAGAUAGGGAAGGAAGAAACUGAAGAGCGUAAAAAGGUCAUGAAGGAUCCAAAUUCAGUUGUGCCCGCAGCAUUUGUUUCAUUUCGCUCCCGUUGGGGUGCAGCAGUCUGUGCUCAGACCCAACAAACCAGCAAUCCAACAGUCUGGUUGACUGAAUGGGCUCCAGAACCUCGUGAUGUUUACUGGAAUAAUCUGUCCAUCCCAUUUGUUUCCCUCACAGUCAGGAGGUUGAUAAUUGCUGUGGCAUUCUUCUUCCUUAACUUCUUUUAUGUUAUUCCAAUAGCAUUCGUACAGUCUCUUGCAAACCUUGAAGGAAUAGAGAAGGCCCUUCCAUUUCUAAAGCCCUUGGUUGAAUUACCAAUGAUUAAAUCAUUCAUCCAAGGGUUUCUUCCUGGAAUUGCUUUGAAGAUCUUCCUUAUAGUGCUUCCCACUAUACUGAUGUUUAUGUCUAAGUUUGAAGGACUGAUAUCGCAGUCUUCUCUGGAGCGGCGAUCUGCAUCUAAGUACUAUAUAUUCUUGUUCUUCAAUGUCUUUUUGGGGAGCGUAAUUACAGGAUCUGCUUUGGAGCAGCUUAAAACCUACCUUCAUAAGUCAGCAAAUGAUAUACCAAGGAUCGUUGGUGUAUCCAUUCCAAUGAAAGCAACCUUUUUCAUAACGUAUGUAAUGGUUGAUGGUUGGACUGGUGUAGCUGGUGAAAUAUUGAGAUUGAAGCCACUUAUAUUCUACCAUCUCAAGAACUUCUUCUUGGUCAAAACUGAAAAGGACAGAGAAGAGGCAAUGGAUCCUGGCAGUAUCUGCUUUGACUCUUGUGAACCUAGAAUACAGCUAUACUUCUUGCUUGGCCUUGUUUACGCUGCGGUGACACCAUUCAUCCUUCCUUUUAUAUUGGUAUUCUUUGGUUUGGCUUAUGUUGUCUACCGCCACCAGAUAAUAAAUGUGUACAAUCAGCAAUAUGAGAGCGGGGCGCAGUUCUGGCCAAGUGUUCAUGGGCGUAUAAUCACGGCGUUGAUCGUAUCACAACUGCUGCUCCUGGGACUGCUGAGCACAAAAGAUUUCGAGGAGUCGACGCCUGCGCUCAUUGUUCUUCCUGUGCUGACCUUUUGGUUCUACAAGUACUGCAAGCACCGCUACGAGCCGGCGUUCGUGAGGAACCCGCUGCAGGAGGCGAUGCGGAAGGACACCCUGGAACGCGCCCGGGAGCCCAACUUCGACCUGAGGACGUACCUGGCCAACUCGUACCUGCACCCGGUGUUCAAGGGCGGCGACCACGACGACGACAGGUACUCGGCGGUGGACGAGGAUGGCUGGAUGGAGGAGGAGGUGAUCGUGCCGACCAAGCGGCAUUCCAGGAGGACGACGCCUGCGCAGAGCAAGUACGACGGGUCCGACGGCCUGUCGUCUGUGCCCGAAAAAUCAUAGUACAUGCUACAAGCUUCUGUGCAGUGUACACGAUGUCAGUAGUCGCUACUAGCGAGUCUGUACAGAAUGAAAGAGGGGGAUGCUGUUCAUCGCUUGGUUGUUUACUGCUCAACCAAGCUGAGGGAGAAAAUGUUGGGCUUACUGGAGAAAGUAACAUCAAAACAAUCUUCUUCCAACCAGGAUGUACCACAGUUAAUGUUGUAUGUAUCUGAAUUAGUAUCCA